UGCAAACCAAAUAAAUCAGUUAGCUUUUGCCCUUUAAUUAACUACAAUAGAUUAAUUAAUUAGCCUCUCCUUGAUAUAUGUCAGGAUUUCUGCCGAGAUUCUCUCCCAAAUUACGGAUAUACCAUUUUUUUUGUUUUCUGGUUCGGUUUCGAUCUUGACCUAUUAUGCACUUGAUCAGUCUCUAUUUUACUCAGUCUCAAUCUUCGCCGAUCUCGAUCUGUCUCUAUUUUGCUCGGUCUCAAUCUUGACCGAUCUUGAUCUUGGUCGGUCUUUGAGUUACGAGCUUGGCAACCUAACUUCGCAUCAUAGCUCAAUAUUACACGAAGUUGAACUUUAAUCUAUCAUGUUCCAGUCUCGAUUAGUCAUAUGAAAGGCAAACUCGGUUUUGACCGUAUACAGAUAGUCCCCUCAUUUCUAGAAAAGAUGGCGAGAAACGAUAUAAACUUCCAAACUCCAACUUGAUGGGUAAUGACGUCAGCGACGAGCCCGAUUAUGACGUAUGCGAUGAAACGUCCCAUCGGUUCAGUUAUCAAGGUAUUAAUUACCUGUCAGUUGUUGGUCGACCAUUAUUGAUUCCGAACCGUCGCCAACCACCUAUAAUAGCCCAAUCUUUUUUUCAUUCAAACUUUACACUCAAAGCUUUUUCUUUAUUCUUGCAUCUUCCUCAGAAGAACCCUUUGCUACAUAAUUUUUAGACCCAAAUUUCUAGAACCCCAAUUAUACCGCAUAUCAUCCUAAUUCUCUCUUUUCUUGUUCAUCAAUGGCGAAAACCUCCAAAAUAGGGCCGCAAAAGGAAACUGUUUCUUCAUUGCGACCUGUCGUCGGUGAGGAUACGACGGAGCCCCACCCUGAGGAAUCCAUUCCUGUAGGGUGCUCCAUCAUCAUUGACUUUAAGCUCGAAAAAGCCUCCUCAGUACCGGGCCGAUGUGAGCCGAUCUCGAGGUACAUGUGUUCCAUCACCGAGAAAAUCCUCGACAAAGUAAAAAAGGAAUGCAACUGGGGCGAAAAGCAUGUGGUAAUCCUAUCGCCUGCAGAAUCAAUUACUACCCACAUGGAGGGGUUCUUAAGUGUUUACACUUACCCCUUUACGUUGGGUCCUUUAGACCCUGUCAUCGUCGCUUUCUGCAAGAGAUAUGACGUGACCCUUGGAAAGAUCCACCCUUCUUUUUGGAGAAUAGUGAUUCUCCUCUGAUUCUUCUCGAGUAAAAUCGAGGGGUGUCCUUUUACCCUCGAUCACCUUAUGUGUUUUUAUAGUCCCCGACUUUAUCGAGGGGGGAUAAUCAAGCUUGCCCGCCGAUCCUCCAAAGCCCCAUUCUCGAGCAUAGAUGAGACCCGUGACCGAGGUUGGAUGGGCCGAUUUGUUCGAAUCAAGACUUCGAACCUAGUCCCUGCCGAAGACAUGUCGUUUCCUGAAAAAUGGAAUAUGAAUCCUGUGGCCCAGAUGUCGGAACCGAUUACGGAACUUAAACAAUGGUUUGAAGGUCUGGUGUUGCAGAGACCAUACUCCGAGCGUGCUUGGAUGGAAUUGUCAAAGGGUCGAUGUGAGGCCCGCAAUCAUGGCCUCGGGAAGGACGUUGCCAUGAGGCCCCGAGUUCUCCGGUCUAAGAAAAGAAAAAAAUUGGCGAGGAAGUCUUGCAAGCCCAAGGAGGGCUCCGGUAUUAUGCCUUAGGACUUGAUCUGCCGAUUAAGGGACGAGCCCGAAGAAGGAGAAGAUGAAGUAGCAUGUGUUCGGAUUAAUGUUUUUUUCACGACCCAAAAUACGCAUGUCGUGAUGGCGCCUAUAUCAAUAAGCCACAAUUUCUUUUAAGUUUGAAGAGAUAAUAUAUACAUUUAAUUGAAAAAUCCCACAUACUGAUGUAAAAUAUACUCCUAAAACCCGGUGUCCCUGGGUAUAUGAGCAUCUAAUAUGAAUACAAAG